AUGAAUGUGUUGAAAUUACAAAAAAAAUUCCCAAUCUUACAACAAUCUGAUUUAUUCAAUAUAAUUGAAGACUUUAGAGCAAUUGACUUGGAUGAUAAAGGUUGGGUUGAAAAGAAGGAUGUCAUAAAUAACAUAAGUAAAAAAGGACAGUAUUCUUACGAUCAAACAAGAGAAACUUUGAAACAUGUUGAUGUUGAUGCUUCUGGUCAUGUUGAACUAGAUGAUUAUGUCGAAUUGAUUGCGAAAUUGAAAGAACAAAAUAAUGGAGGAGAAGAAACAAUAGAUAAUAAUGUUUCACAACAGCCAGAGGUGUUUUCACCUGGGAAAUUAAAUAAGAAAGCUGCUCCACCAAUUCCAACUGCAAAUACGAAAAAUAAAACUUAUAUUGAAGGUAAGACCUCAGGUACAACACAUACUAUAAAUGAUGAAGAGAGAACUGAAUUCACAAGACAUAUCAAUUCCGUGUUAUCUGGAGAUUCUGAGAUAGGCGAUAGAUUACCAUUUGACACAGAAACUUUUCAAAUUUUUGAUGAAUGUAGGGAUGGUUUAGUAUUGAGUAAAUUAAUCAAUGAUUCAGUUCCUGAUACAAUAGAUACAAGAGUGUUAAAUUUACCUAAAAAUAAAAAACAAUUAAACAAUUUUCAAAUGUCUGAAAAUGCAAAUAUUGUAAUCAACUCAGCUAAAGCAAUUGGAUGUGUUGUUGUGAAUGUUCAUUCAGAAGAUAUUAUUGACGGUAAAGAACAUUUAAUAUUGGGAUUGAUCUGGCAAAUUAUUAGAAGGGGUUUGUUGAGUAAAGUUGAUAUAAAAUAUCAUCCUGAAUUAUAUAGACUUUUAGAAGACGAUGAAACAUUAGAACAAUUCUUGAGAUUACCACCAGAACAAAUUUUAUUACGUUGGUUCAACUAUCAUUUAAAAAACGCAAAUUCUAAUAGAAGAGUUUCAAAUUUUAGUAAAGAUAUUAGUGAUGGUGAAAAUUACACAGUUUUAUUAAACCAAUUAAAACCUGACGUUUGUGACUUAUCGCCUUUGAAAACAACAAAUUUAACACAAAGAGCUGAACAAAUCUUAAAUAAUGCAGAUAAGAUAGGCUGCCGUAAAUAUUUAACUCCAAAUUCAUUAGUUUCAGGUAAUCCUAAAUUGAACUUAGCUUUCGUUGCAAAUUUAUUUAAUAAUUAUCCAGGAUUAGAUCCAAUUGAAGAACAUGAAAAGAUUGAAAUUGAAGAAUUCGAUGCGGAGGGUGAAAGAGAAGCUCGUGUUUUUACAUUAUGGUUAAAUUCAUUAGAUGUUGAUCCUCCUGUUGUAUCACUUUUUGAGGAUUUAAAAGAUGGUUUGGUAUUGUUACAAGCAUAUGAUAAAGUAUUACCAGGAAGUGUAUCCUUCAAACAUGUGAACAAAAAACCAGCAAAUGGAGGUGAAGUAACCAGAUUCAAGGCUUUGGAGAAUACGAAUUAUGGAGUUGAAAUUGGUAAAUCUAAUGGGUUCUCAUUGGUAGGUAUUGAAGGAUCAGAUAUAGUUGAUGGUAAUAAAUUAUUAACUUUAGGAUUGGUUUGGCAAUUGAUGAGAAGAAAUAUAAUUAAUACACUUUCAGAGUUAGGUAAGGGUGGAUCUCAAUUAACCGAUAGUGAUAUUCUCAAAUGGGCAAAUUCUCAUGCAAAAUCAAAUAAAAUAAGAUCCUUCAAAGAUACCUCAUUAUCUAAUGGAUUAUUUUUAUUAGAUGUUCUUAAUGGAUUAAAACCAGGUUAUGUAGAUUAUGAUUUAGUAUAUCAAGGAGAUAACUUAUCGGAUGAUGAAAAAUAUGCCAAUGCAAAAUUAGCUAUAUCAAUUGCUAGAAAGUUAGGUGCAUUGAUUUGGUUAGUUCCAGAAGAUAUUAAUGAAGUUAGAUCAAGAUUAAUAUUAUCUUUUGUUGGUAGUUUAAUGGCUGUGUCUGAAAAAUAA